CUCGGUGCACACCAACCAACUGGCGUGCUCACCGACCUGGAGAGGCUGCUGUGGCAGAAAUGCGGCGGUUGCAACGCAACACAGACCUUUGCAUCGCUUACAGACCAUUUGUAAGGCUAGUGAAGGAGAUUGUGUAGAAAGAAGAAGUUGCAAUAAAUCCAAUGUGGUUACAGAUGCUUGCAAUUCGUGCACUUCUCGAGGCAGCCGAAGCUUAUCUCGUGCAUUUGAUAGAGAGCUCGAACAAGGUUGCAAUCCAUUCGAAGCGAGUGACGAUCUUUCCAAAGGAUAUGAAACUUGUUGACGCGUUGCAAAAACCACAGGGAAUCCACUAUGACAAUGAGGACGAGUUGAGACUAUUACGCGAAAGAGCACCGACGUACUUCAACGUCACCUUGGACAUCCAGAGGUCAAUAGCAGCAAACGGAGAGAAAUCGACGAGAGCGCAGCAGUUGCUGCAUCGCUUACAGCAAAGUGCGUACGUGGCUAAAGACGAGACGUUGGCAUGUUGCUCUGCGUACACCCUUCAGCGAGUUGUGGAAUGGAUGUGUGAUGACGAAGACAUCGAGAAGAGUAAGAGAGAGGGAGGUGGUUUUUACGACAGAUCGGCGUUCAAGAAGUUUGUCACAUCUCGGGCGAAGGAAGCUCGAAUGUUGAAGACAGAAGCGCAUGACAUAUUGAAGAGUAAUGCAGCGGAAAUAUUGACACUUAGCAGGAUGAACAAGCUUCCGCAAACAGACCCUGUUGACUACCAUGAUUUGGCAACAGUGGUGGUAGACGAUGUCGAGUACGUCUUGCUCGAUCAGAUUAUGGAUUUAAUGUUGAAGAAAGAUAAUGAUACAAAUUUGAUUCACGAGGCCUUACACGAGGUGACAGAGGACGCAAUAGCAGCAGCAGAGCUUGCUGAUGUCGAGAGCACAAAGGAUGAAAAUCAACUAGUGUCAGGGACUCCAAUAUGUCAGGGGGACAUAUUCACAGUCCCGGAGGACCUCACCAGGGCAUCAACGGAAGCGGAGAGAAUGAGCAAAAGAAUGCAAGGAUGGCAAUUGGUUGUUGCGGAAGCAAUCAAUGCGACACACCAUAUGCCAGAGAGCACACUGCAGACUACAAGUGGUGUGGGAUCUGUAACAGCGGUUCAGAACCCGUUGACGAUUCCUACUGCGGAUACGUUGAGUGUCCAUAAUGCAUUCAGAGCGUGAAGAUUACCACUCUUUCGUCCUUCACAUGAGAUCGUCGAAGGACACGAACAAGUGGCAUUCCAGG